AUGGCACACGGUCCAAUGAGUGGUUUAAAGAUAAUUGGCGAAACCGACCCUCUGAAAGUUAUCAAAGUGGCAGCCAAAGACGGCAAGACUGGCCAGGACAUGCAGCUACACUAUUCCACCUACAAGGUUGCCGGUAACGGAUCAUUCGGUGUGGUGUAUCAAGCGAAAUUACUGCGUACCGGUGAAGAAGUUGCUAUCAAGAAAGUAUUGCAGGAUAGACGGUUCAAGAACCGAGAGUUACAGAUCAUGCGAAGCGUUUCUCAUCCGAAUAUUGUUUCGCUGAAAGCAUUCUUCUAUAGUCAUGGUGAUGUCAAGAAAGACGAAGUGUAUCUGAAUCUGGUGCUGGAAUACAUUCCCGAAACGGUGUAUCGUGCCUCGCGUCAUUAUGCAAAAGCAAAGCAAUCGAUACCAACACUCCAUGUCAAACUAUACACGUACCAGCUACUGCGCUCGCUUGCGUACAUCCAUUCGCUUGGAAUAUGUCAUCGUGAUAUAAAACCACAGAACCUGCUUUUGGAUCCAGCCAGUGGCAUCCUCAAAUUAUGUGAUUUUGGCAGUGCCAAAAUACUGGUUGCUGGCGAACCCAACGUGUCGUACAUCUGCUCACGCUACUACCGAGCACCCGAACUGAUAUUCGGAGCUACAAACUAUUCGACCAGCAUUGACAUUUGGUCCACCGGUUGUGUGAUGGCUGAACUGAUGCUCUGUCAGCCCAUGUUCCCCGGCGAAAGUGGCAUUGACCAGCUCGUCGAGAUUAUCAAGGUCCUAGGCACUCCCACCAAGGAGCAAUUGUUAGCCAUGAACCCGAAUUAUACCGAUCAUCGAUUCCCGCAAAUAAAGCCGCAUCCAUUCUCCAAGAUCUUUAAAUCACGGACGCCGCCCGAAGCCGUUGAAUUCAUCAGUCAGCUCCUGCAAUACGCGCCCUUGAAGCGUCUAUCGGCUAUUGACGCAAUGGCCCAUCCAUUCUUUGACGAACUGCGCAAUCCAGAAACUCGUCUGGCGAAUGGCAAAGCAUUGCCAACACUGUUUGAUUUCUCGGCCCAUGAACUGUCAGUAAAACCGGAAUUGAUCAGCAAGUUGGUGCCACCACAUACAGAACAGGAACUCUUAUCCCGCGGCAUUGAUGUACACAACUUUCAGCCACUAACACCAGCAGAAAUGAAGAGUAAAUCGAUACGCUGA